AGAAGAGAUACAAGAGCAAGGUCACCACUAAAAUCCGUCGGCAUUCACAAAUAUUCUCCCUCUCUUCAAUUACUGAAAUAAAAUCCGGGCCCCCAUUUUCCAAACCCUACCCUCUGCGCCACCUUCUCCCCUUCAACUCAACUCCUCUCUCUUCUCCCAACUACGUCGCUCUUAUUUUCCUCAAGGCUAACUUAUCCUCCGCGAGAAGGGGGGAGGUCAGGGGCAGCACUGCUCUCUUGAUUUUUAUAAAUUUCUAAAAAUCUACUAGAACCCACACCACCCAAUAAUUUCCCAGAAUUAUCCCAAAAAUUAACCUCUCAACUUCCCUUCCGCCGCCCCUGCCCUGCUCCUCCAAUUUUUUUUUCCUUCCAAUUUUUUCUCCUCACUCACUCACAUCACCAAAGUCUUUGACCCAAAGUUCUCCAAAAACAACCACGACACUCCAAUCCAAGAGCAUAUUUUUUGAAUACUUUUCAACCUAAAAAUGUCCCCUCCCCCAUUGGAAAUUGCUAUUGUACAAAUUGCGAACCAUGUCAUCGUCAAACGGAAAUAAUAACUCGACCAACAGCAGCAGCGGUGGUAGCGGUGGUGCAAAGAAAUCACUGGCGCAACAGAGUAAUUCGUCGUCGAUUAGUGGUGUGGGUGCGAGCGGUGGGUCCUCCUCCUCCAGCGGUGGCGGUGGUGGUGGUGGGGCCAGCAGAAACAAGUGCGCCAACGAAAAGCGGCGCCGCGAGCAAGAAAACAUUUACAUCGAGGAACUCGCCGAGUUAAUCUCCGCCUCCAUCGCGGACUUAUCAACGAGCAUGGCCGUGAAGCCGGAUAAAUGCGCCAUCCUCCAGGAAACGGUGAACCAGAUCCGGAGGAUUAAAGCUGCCGAGGAACUCGCCGUGCAGCAAGGAGAAGUCUCCUCGUCAACUAAUAUUUUAGCCAAUGAGAUAUUGUGUCCGCUGGUUUUAGAAGCGCUGGAUGGGUUUCUGUUUGUUGUGAAUUCCGAUGGGAUCGUCGAGUUUUGCAGUGAGAAUGUAGAGGGGUUCGUGGGGUUUAAAGGGGAGGAACUCGUGGGGAAGUCGAUCUAUGGGGUGGUGCACUCAAGUGAUCAGGCGAGGUUCAGUGGGAGUUUGUUGCCCAUGUCCAUUGGGUGGACCCCAUCAAACAACACCACCCUGAUCCCCAUGCUCCCUGGAACAUCCACCUCCCGCUCAAUCCUCCCCUCUACAUCAUCCACUACGUCCGACCCAACCACCUCCCCCACCACACCAACGCCCUCCACUUCAUCCACCACACAAAAACCCACCCCCCCACAACAGCGCUCCUUCAACAUCCGCUUGCUAGUAAAAUCCCCCGGGGAUGCCUCCGACUCCAGCUACGAGAACAUGCAAAUCACGGCCAUGUUAAUGCCCCAUCCGACGGGGAGCAGCGAGUUAGAAUCCUCAGAGUCCUGUUUAGUUUGCAUAGCGAGGAGGCUGCCGCCGAAUGAGAGGCCGCCGGGGACGCCCGUAGAACAAUUUACUACUAAAUUAAAUACGGAUGGGAUGAUCAUCGGGGUGGACACGAGUGGGUUGAGCGCCAAGUGGGUCGGGGUGUUGAGGAAGGACAACACCAUCUCCCCCACGUCCCAAACCCUCCUCCAGGAGCUCUGUCCCCCCUCGGACCUCCCCAAACUCGACUCCCACCUCCGGGAGACCCUCUCCGCGGGCUCCUCCACCUCGCUCCUCUACAAACUCAAACUCUCCUCGGACAAACUCGUCCAGGUCCAGACGAAAUCUAAAUUUUUCUCCUACACCGGCGACGUCCUCCAACCGAACCAAUCCUUCAUCAUGGCCACGCACACGAUAAUCAACCCGGAAGAGAACUCCACUUCCGCUGCAGUGACGGAAGAGCAAACCUUCGAUAUCCUCGACACUUUCGAGUCUUUAGUUCAGUGGGAGGAUGAGAAGCCGGUCUUCAUCGAUCAGCAGCAGCAAGUGGGUCAGCAGCAGCAGCAGUGGGGUCCGGUUGGUUACUUUGAAGAGGAAGAAUACCAAGGUGAUAGGUUGAGAAAUUUACUCACUUCUAAAUCAGAGAACAAAAUACUAAAAGGAUUGCUUAACCAAGCGGAAGAGGAAGGAGAGAAACAGGAGAAUAACAUGUUGCUGAAGUUGUUGAAUGAGAAGGAGAAGCACGUUCCCGGGAGUGGGUUGGUGAGUGGGUUGGGUGGGAUGGGUGGUGGGAAUGAGUUGUUGAAUCAGUUGCUUAGCGGAGGAGGUGAGAACAGCGGAUCGGGAUUGAAGAGGACCUUGGAGAAUCCAAGUGGUGGUCACGCUUUUGCUCCUAAACAGAUGGUGUUGGUGAGUCCGGUGGCCCCUGCGCCGGGGGAGCUCUGCAAGAGGAAUCCAAGGCUCGUCUCCCUGCUGGCCAAACCCUCUGACUCCUCCCCGACCCCGAUCCCCACCGUGCCCUCGAACUACAUCUCCGGAACGCCCCAAGAGAAACUCCUCAACCAAAUUAAACUCCGCAACCCCACCACAACCACACAAUCCCUCACCACAAACUAUAGCUCCCUCCCCAACGACCUAAUCCUCGACGAAAUCCUUGACCAAGUGAUCGACAUCGUCCCAGACAACUCCUCCUCCGAGAUGACCACGUAUUACUCUGACGACGUCUCGAACAUCCUCAACAUGCUCGAAAAUAACCAGUUAAUCCAACAUCAAAACCCGGAAAUCGCCAAGAUCAACGCGAUUCAGAAGGAAUUGAUGCAGUUCGAAACAGGAUUUCUAGGCCAGCAGCAACAACAACAGCAACAGCAGCAGGAUAAAUUGGGUGGGGAGCCUGUAGUAAUCCAUAGAACAACAACCACGACAACGACGCAGAUCCGCUAUAAUCAACAACAGCAACAGCAACAACAGAAUUUAGUACAACAACAGCAACAACAGGUGCUCAAGAGGGAGUUGGAAAGGCAGAGGUUGCUGUUGCAGUUGCAGAAACAGCAACAACAACAGCAACAUGGUGGUGGUGGUGGGGGUGGUGGGGGGCAAGGGCAGUUGUUGCAGUUGAUGAGGCAGAGUCCGACGGUGAGUUUGGAUAGUUUAUUGGGGGGUGGGGCGGGGCCUCCACCGAAUGUGACGUUGGUGCAACAGCAGCAGCAGGGGCAACAGCAAGGUUUGGGGGUUGUGCAGCAACAACAGAUGUCCAAUGGGCAACAGCAGCAGCAGCAGUUGACCCUCCCGCAACAACAGCUCCGCCAGCAGCAAAUCCUCCAACAACAACAACUCCUGAUCCGCCAACAGCGAGAACGCCAGUGGAACCAGCAGCAGCAGCAACUCUUACUCAAACAACCAAUCAUGGGACAACAAUCAUUAGUGACGGGGGGUGGCGGGGGGCAGUUGCAGCAAGUCCUCAUCGGUCAGCAGCAGCAGCAGCAGCGCCCACCACAACAACUCCUCCUCCAGCAACAACAACAACAACAACACCACCCCCUCCUCCAACAACUAAACCAACCCCCCUCCACUACAACCCCCUCCUCCUCCCCACUCUUAAUGAACUCCACCCCCCAACAAACAAACAACCCCCUCCUAAACGCCCAACUCUCCUCCACCCAACAACUCCUCCAGCAGCAACAACAACAACGGCUCUACCACCACCAACAACAACAACAAAGAUUCGACAACGGCCAACAACAGUACCGACUCAUGGGCCAGCAACAACAACGAGUCGUUGGUCAGGUGGGUCAGGUCGGUGGGGGGAAUUUCGUCGAUGUUAGACAAGAGUUAAGAGCUGUUGUAGGGGCGAGGCAGCAGAAUCCGCAGCAGCAGUUGAUCAGUGGAGGACUCAGUGGACCGGAUCUGGAGGCGCUGGGGAUUGGAUUGGGGUUGGGUGGUGGUGCGGGUGGGAAUAAUCAGGGGGGCUUGGGGAAUGGAGGAAGUGAUUUAUUGGAGUGACCUGACCUGAAAGAACUUCACCUUUUUAAAGAAGUCUAAACCAACUACCUGAGCACGACAAGACUGCAAAUAUUUCCUCUCUCUCUCUCUCGCUUUUCAUCAUCUUCUUCUUAAAAAAUAACAAAAAACACACAUAUUUUAUUUAUAAAUUGUAAUAUUUAAAAAA